CUAGUGGAGUGUCUUAAGCCGCUAGAAUUUUAUCUGCUUAGAAAAAUCUUCAAGAUGAAUAUUACUGAUUUGUCAGCAACAAAGUCGUUGUAGUAUAGUGUAAUAAUGAACACAGGGAGUAGAGAAACGAAGCUGAAAGUUGGUUUUGAAGGAGCGGAUAUGGGGAUUACAAGGAACACGGAAUCGGGUUCAGGCAGUGAGGGUGUACAAUCGGCUGCUAACAAUGAACUGCGACGGUUUCCUCCGGCAGCUCAGCCGGAGAUUAUGAGAGCAGCAGAGAAAGACGAUCAAUACGCGUCUUUUGUGUACGAUGCUUGUCGCGACGCUUUUCGUCACCUAUUUGGUACAAGACUGGCUGUUGCUUAUCAGAGUGAGACAAAGCUUCUUGGACAGAUGCUUUAUUAUGUACUAACAACAGGUUCAGGCCAACAAACCCUCGGAGAAGAGUACUGUGACAUUACUCAGGUUUCCGGUCCACAUGGCCUUCCUCCAACACCAGCAAGGCGUGCUCUUUUCAUUUUAUAUCAGACUGCUGUUCCUUACAUGGCUGAAAGAAUUAGCUCAAGAGUUGCUUCUCGUGGCAUCACUCUUGCCGAUUCCAUACCUGAUGAGCCAUACACCAACACUGCUACUGAGAGCCGUGGAAUUCAAUCUUCUGUAAUGGUUGACCUUCCAUCCACCUCUGGAUCAGGCGCUUCAAUAGUAACGAGGUUGAGGCAGAAUUUUAGUGGCCUAUGGUUAACUGCAGUUCGGAGAUGGCCUACGGUGCUUCCUGUGGCUCGUGAAUUUUUACAAUUGAUUCUUCGAACAAACCUCAUGUUUUUCUAUUUUGAAGGGCUAUAUUAUCAUAUAUCGAAACGUGCAGCUGGCAUUCGUUAUGUUUUCAUUGGAAAGCCCUCAAAUCAAAGGCCUAGAUACCAAAUACUAGGAGUUUUCCUUCUAAUUCAGCUCUGUGUCAUUGCGGCUGAAGGUUUACGGCGAAGCAAUUUAUCUUCUCUUGCAAGUUCAGUUCAUCAGACUUCCUUGGAGCCUCAUCAAAGUUCAGGACGAGGUUUGCCUGUCUUAAAUGAAGAAGGUAAUUUGAUAGCUACAGAAGCUGGCAGGGGGAGUUGGGUAUCAGAUUCCACAUCAACUUCAGAGUCGUCUGGAGUAAGUGGGGCAAGCAAAUGCACACUCUGUUUGAGUAAUCGGCAAUAUCCAACUGCAACAGCCUGUGGUCAUGUUUUUUGCUGGAAUUGCAUAAUGGAAUGGUGCAACGAAAAGCCCGAAUGCCCUCUCUGCCGGACCCCUAUAACUCAUUCAAGCCUAGUUUGUUUAUACCAUUCAGAUUUCUAGCAUUUUGAUAAUGGAGUUCAGCCUUGAUAAAUUGACAGCAGUGGGAAGUAACUGAAAGCAACUGCAUGAGGAAGUAACUGAAAGCAACUGGGGAGCACUGUUUCUUCUGACAAUGCAAAACAUUUAGAGGUGUAGAAAAUAAGGAGUCUUAGGUGACCAUAAUAACAGUUGCCUUGCAACUGUUUCAAGAGAACUGUGUUCUUGCUCUCGGAAACAUCUACGAUGCGCUUCUCUAAUGGAUGAAUAGCUGCAUUGCUGUGGCAUGAAGAUCAAGAUUCCAUAUGUAUAAAAUAAUGAUGAUAUGAUUUAGGCCUUAGACUCAAAUCUGCCCCUCAACUAUAGCUCAUUGGUCGUCAUUCUUUUUGGGAGAAAUACACAAAAUGUUUGUCUUUAAGGGUCAAAAGAUGUGGUUUGUUACGGUAUCUUGAUUCUUUCUGAGGACAUUAGUCCAUUUUUCGGUCAAUUAAUACCGUUACGGGGCACGAUUUAAAAGUAAAAUAACUGUAAUUUGAAUAAAUUUUACGGAUUCAUUCUUGCAGGACU